AUGACGUGUGCUGCCACUUCCAGGGCCGACAAGGCUGAGAAACCCUGCAUUCCCAAAAUAAACUGGUCAGCAAAUAAUUCUGCCACCGUCUGGACCCUUCUGGCUGAGAUUGAGAAGAGCGAAAAUUAUCGUGUUCUUUAUGGGAAAAAGGAUGUGGCCAAGAAUACAAGUGGUGAAACAAAAGUUGCUGUGUAUGCCAGGAUUGCCAAAGCUGUCCUCCUGGAACUGUUUUCUCUUAAUCCCAACACAGUUCACAACCGUAUCAAGAGCAAGCUUGAGAGCCUUAAGAAUGUAUACAAGAAACACGCAAAGUGGCUCUGUCAGACUGGUGAAGGUGUUCAGAAAAAUGAGGAUGGCUCACAGGGUAGUGAAGAAACACUGUCCUUCUACAUCAUGGGUGAUGGUCCUUGCAUUGAGACCCCUCUGCAUGCUGUCAACAUAUGGAAGGAAAUCGAAGCAGAUUUCCCCUUCUUCCCCACCCUUCACCACAUCUAG